GGACCCAGGCGUCCGGGCAGCCCCUCCCCCCCCCCCAGGGGACCCAGGCGUCCGGUGCUGCCCCCCCCCCCCCCGCCGCCCCCCCCCCAACCAUGGCGGAGGAGCUGGAUCCGAUGUUGGGGGGCGAGGGCUUCCUCGACCUCUGGAACAUGCUCCCUGACAGCAUCCAGUCCUUCACCGAGCACGUGCAGGAAUGGGAGCUGGACACCCUGGGCCCCCCCCUGGAGCCCCCCGGGGAGGUGCUGGUGCCCCCCCCCGCGGCGGAGCCCCCUCCCCCGGUGCCCCCCUCCCCCGUGGUCCCCUCCACCGAGGACUACGAGGGCGACCACAACUUCUGCCUCGGCUUCCGAGAGACCGGGACGGCCAAGUCCGUCACCUGCACCUACUCCCCGGAGCUGAACAAGCUGUUCUGCCGGCUGGCCAAGCCCUGCCCGGUGCAGGUGAGGGUGGGGGUCCCGCCGCCCCCCGGGACCCUCCUCCGCGCCGUCGCCGUCUACAAGAAAUCGGAGCACGUGGCCGAGGUGGUGCGACGCUGCCCCCACCACGAGAGGUGUGGGGGGCCCGGGGACGGCCUGGCCCCCGCCCAGCACCUGAUCCGGGUCGAGGGGAACCCCCAGGCCCGUUACCAUGACGACGAGACCACCAAGCGGCACAGCGUUGGCUGUGCCCUACGAGCCCCCCGAGGUGGGCUCCGACUGUACCACGGUGCUGUACAACUUCAUGUGCAACAGCUCGUGCAUGGGGGGCAUGAACAGGCGCCCGAUCCUGGCCAUCCUCACGCUGGAGGGGCCGGGGGGUCAGAUCUUGGGGCGCCGCUGCUUCGAGGUCCGCGUCUGCGCCUGCCCCGGCCGCGACCGCAAGACCGAGGAGGAGAACUUCCGCAAGAGGGGCGGGGCCAAGGGCGGGGCCAAGCGGGCCCUUCCACCCCUGGCUGAAGCCCCCGAGAGCUCAAGAAGCGGGUGCUGAACCCCGAUCCCGAGGUCUUCCAGCUGCAGGUGCGCGGGCGCCGUCGCUACGAGAUGCUGAAGGAGAUCAACGAGGCGCUGGAGGCGGCCGAGGCGAGGGCGACCCCCCCCCCCCGGCCGGCAAAGGGUCGCCGCCCACGGGGGGAGGGGCUGCUGCCGCGCGACGGGAAGAAGCUGCUGCUGAAGGGGGAGCCGGUGGAUUCCGACUGACCACGCCCACCCCGGGACACGCCCACCCCGCCCCCGGGACACGCCCACCCCAACCCCCACCCCGGCUUGGCUCCGCAUAGCCCCGCCCUGCUCGAUGCCGGGCCACACCUACCAACCCCUCCCCCCCACCCUAGAGCCCCGCCCCCAGUAUAACCACACCCACCCAGCCCUGACCACGCCCCUUCUUGCCCCUCCCCCAGCCCCGCCUCGCUGCUUGGCCACGCCCGGGCCUAUUUUUUAACUCUUUUUAUACAAUAAACGCUUUUUUUACCGCC